AACUUCCUGUAUCACUGGCAAUUGGUCAACCUUGGCAGCUUCACUGCUCCCUGGUCCCUGCAUCACUGAAUAGCAGUCGACAAAAAUUAGGUCCCAAAGGCUUCAUUUUCUGCAAGAUUUUUGCGCUGGAAUCAUAGUGCUAUCAAGAUUUUUCCAGGUGAGGUAUAUUUGCGCCGUAGGAUUAUAUGCAAUCAUGUUCCUUUUAAGUGAGAAUGCUGCCAACCUUUGAUCCAAGAGAUACUGAAGCUGGUUCGAGGAUUUUGGAGGAUAUAACCAGCAAUGCUGGUCAUAUACAAGAACAGGUCCUGGAGGAGAUUUUAACUAAAAAUGCAAGCACCGAUUACUUGAAAAGUUUUCUUAAUGGUCACUCUGAUAAGGGACUAUUCAAGAAUAAAGUUCCUGUGGUAGAUUAUGAAGAUAUCAAGAUUUACAUUGAUCGAAUUGCACUGGAUGGAGAGCCAUCUCGGAUUUUAACUAAUGAAUCCAUUACUGAGCUACUGAUCAGCUCGGGCACUUCAGGUGGGAAGCACAAGUGGAUUCCAAAAACUGCUGAAGAGGGAGAGCGCAGGGCCUUCUUCUUUUGUCUCCUUGCUACUGUUCAGAAUAGGUACCUCCACGGCUUAAACGAUGGGAAAGCGCUGAUCUUUGACCUUAUCAACCCGGAUAUCCACACUCCUGGUGGCUUAGUUUUAAGAACAGCUACAGCAAGCGAGAUAAAGAACAGAAAAGACAGAUAUCCUGAGGUUAUAUUGUGUGAAGAUACCAAUCAGAGCUUGUAUAGUCAAUUACUUUGUGGCCUUGUGCAGCGAGAUGCGAUAGUAAGCAUUGGUACAAUUUUCGCCUCGGGUUUGCAAAGGAUAAUCAAAUUUUUUGAGGAACAUUGGCAAGAAAUGUCUUCCAACAUAAGAACUGGACAAAUGAGUGAUUGGAUCACUGACCCUAAAUGCAAAAGGACUGUCUCCUUGAUUUUGAGCAAACAAAUGCCAGAUUUGGCUGAUUCAAUUGAUCUUGUAUGCCAAGAAAAAUCUUGGGAAGGAAUAAUUAAGAAGAUCUGGCCAAGGACCAAGUAUGUCCAGGCCAUAAUUACUGGGUCCAUGGCACAGUACAUUCCCGCGCUUGAAUUCUAUACAGGAAGGUUACCUGUAGUUUCGCCAGCCUAUGUUUCUUCAGAGGCAUGUUUUGGGAUAAAUUUUAAACCAUUAUGCAAUCCUUAUGAUGUCUCAUAUACUUUUAUACCAAACAUGGCUUACUAUGAGUUCAUACCAAUUGGUAAUCAUCAAGAUCCAAACUGCACCAAUAGCAAGGAUGCUCACUUGAAAGAUCACAUUGUGGAUCUUGCUAAUGUUAAGAUUGGCCAACAUUACGAACUUCUUGUCACGACCUGUACAGGUUUAUACAGGUACAGAAUGGGGGAUAUUCUCCUGGUGACAGGUUUUCACAAUAUCACUCCCCAAUUCAAAUUUGUACAAAGGAGAAAUGUGGUUUUGAGCAUUGACACAGAUAAAACAACUGAACAAGACCUCCAGAAUGCAGUUACAAUUGCAAUGCAUAUCCUUGAACCACUUGGGUUCUUUCUUUUGGAUUACAGUAGCUAUGCUGAUACAUCCUCUAUUCCUGGUCACUAUGUACUCUUUUGGGAGCUUCAACUCAGAUCAAACGAUGAUAUACCUGAACUUGAUCAGGUUAAAAUGGAAAAAUGCUGUAGUUUAGUGGAACAAUCUCUGGACCUGGAAUAUAAGAUGCUGAGGAAUCAGAGCAUCAGUACCAUCGGUCCUUUGGAAAUUAGAGUUGUGAAACAAGGAACAUUCAACGUGCUCAUGGACUUUUAUGUUUCUCGAGGAACUUCUUUAAACCAGUACAAGACACCUAAGAACAUAAAGUCUGAGAAAGCCAUUGAAAUUCUGGACUCCAGAGUAGUGGGAAAAUUUUACAGCAGAGAAGUACCUAAUCAAGACUCGUAGCCCGUGGUCUUCAAGAAUCUUUUUGCAUAUUUCAUCCUAGGCAUUCAUGUACCUUGUCUUGCAAUGUCGAAAUUUAAAAGCAAUUCACCAUUUUAUGGACGCAUUUGUGUUCUACUAUUUUUCAGUUUGUUUGUGAAGCUUGGUGGAUGAGGAUAGUAUCUGAAACUCUUGUACUCAUCAAAUUGAGGGUAAAGCUAUUCUAGUAGCAAAAGAUGUUAUUCUCCUCUCAUGGAGUUUCCUAGUGAGAGUUUAUUCUCUCUUAGGGAUUUUUCGUGAUGUUUUCUCCUCUCCUAGAGAUUUCUAAUGAUAGCUUUUGUAGUUUUUUCUAUUUGUUGUAUUAUAUCUAAGUUUUCUCC